GAUGACGUCGGAGAGGUCGGUCGCUUGACGACAACAAACAUGGAGGAGUAUGCGCGAGAGCCCUGCCCCUGGAGGAUAGUGGAUGACUGUGGAGGGGCUUUCACCAUGGGUGCAAUUGGAGGAGGCGUGUUUCAGGCGGUCAAGGGCUUUCGAAAUGCCCCUGCAGGUGUUGGACACAGGCUGAAAGGAAGCGCAAAUGCAGUUAGAGUGAGAGCUCCACAGAUUGGAGGUAGCUUUGCAGUGUGGGGAGGCCUCUUCUCCACUAUUGACUGUGGUUUAGUUCGCCUGCGAGGAAAAGAGGAUCCCUGGAACUCCAUAACAAGCGGAGCGCUCACUGGAGCCAUCUUGGCCGCACGCAGUGGGCCUUUAACCAUGAUGGGUUCUGCAAUGAUGGGGGGAAUUUUGCUCGCUCUCAUUGAGGGUUUUGGUAUUCUGCUUACCAGAUACACGGCACAGCAGUUUCAGAACCCUGUUCCGUUUGCAGACGACCCAAGUCAGUUACCUCCAAAAGAUGGAGAUCAGCAGGGGCGAAAGGGGCAGUUUCAGUAGCGAGCGCUAAGGAGUGAGGCCGGCUGUUGACACAGUGAGUCAAACCAGACCGCGAUGGGAACGCAGAGACUCAGAGAACAGCAGCUGUGAGGAUGAUCAGGAGGAGGUAGCGGUCUCUACACUGGAAUCAGGUAGUUGCACUUUGUGCUUAUACCUCAGGGGUUAGUUACUGUGCGUGUUAGUAAUUUAUAAGUGAAGAGUUUCUUUGACAGACCUAAUAUUUGUACUGCCAGAAAUAACAUUUUCUGUGUUAUUAGUAGGUGACUCAUUGCUGUGACAUUUGGAGUUAAAUAAGCAGUUCAGAAAAUGUAUUAUUCAUUAUUCAACAUCUAAUCACGAUCUAUGUACACUGAUCAGCCACAACACUAUGACCGCUGAUAGGAGGAGUAAAUAUCAUUGACCAUCUUGUGACAAUUCAAUGUUCUGCUGGGAAACUUUUGGAAUUGAUAUUUAUGUGGACUCCUCGAUGGCAACAGCAGGAUGCAGCCUGACAGAGACGCACAAGAACCGCACAAGGUGUUGACUUGGCCUCCAAAUUCACUAGAUCCCAAACUGAUCAAGUAUGUGUGUGAUGACCCACAUAGGACCCAAAGGCCCCCACUUGCAACAUUUUGGUGCCAAACAAGACCCAUGUCCAUUAUCUGACUAGAAUGUACAUGGGAAAGUUGAAACUGCUAUGGAGGAGGAGACGGGGGAGACCUACACAGUAUCAGGGUCAUAAUGUUAUGCCUGAUCGGUGCAUUACAGGAAUUUAGAGGUUGACAUUUUGAUGUUUCCCCAUCAGUGGCUCUGUCGUAUUUGUUUGGUAAAUAUGCAGCUGAAGGCAGCAGCUGGAAAUUUUCACUCAUUAAUGCUGCAAAUCUCAUUUGUUUCCUCUGAAAACAUCAGUUUGCUGUUUUAUGAGUCAGUGGAGGCCAAACUUGCUCAGUCAUCUCAUUUAACUCUUUGCUAAAUGUCUAACUACUGCGUGCACUUUCAGAAAUUUUACACAAAAAUAGUAAACAGUGAAGCCAGUGUUUUCAUAGCUACAGUGCAGUGUUUGUCUGUUCAGCAGGCUUUACUGCAGAGAGUGACCAUCAGAGGACACGGUUUCACGUGUCAGCUGUGACAAUCAAUGCAAAGCAUUGUGUAUGUCUUUAAAUUAUAUGUGCGUGUAUGUGUUUAAGAUCUCAUUCCAUCCUUUGUUUGCAGUUUCUCCUUAUACGUUAUCACCUCACCUGGCAGCUUCGGUAAUUGUUGAACAUUUGACGUCUUAUAUGUUGUAAUAUAAAAAUAUGCAAUCUGUGAUCCUGUGGAUGAGUAUCUAGAAGCUGGAAUUACUUAGUUUUUUUUUCUGGUUAUGCACACUGUGUCACUUUAAUUGCUGCAGCAUCAACCUAGCACUUUUUGAACUCAAAGUCUUUCUUUUCUUAGAAUUGGGGCACUUACUGCAGCAAAGAAAUGCUUCAGCACAACCCAGCGGUCUGCUGUCACACUCUGUAUAGAAGAAUAUUUAUUUUAUCUUAACUUAUUCAUUGUGUAAAAGCUGAUUUAAAAACAAAAUCAAUAAAAAUAUGAAAUGUCAUCUAA